CUCUAAAUCUGACUUGACGCCUCCGCCGCCAUUCGUUGAAAAAGUAAAAUCUUUUGAAAGCGCGCAUAAAACCGGGAUAAUACCAAACGUAAAAACUGAAAAAAAUCGUCAGAUUCCAAAGUGCAUAAAAGGCAUACGAUAAAGUUGAGUAAAGGGUGAUAACACAACUUAAGCAACCGGCAUUUCUCAUAGCGGCAAUAAAUUGCAUCAGUGUGCGAGUGUCUCCUAAAAAAGCCAAGCCAAGAAUCUACAAUUUUGGGCUGUUAAUAUUCAAGAGGUGCUAAAUAAUAGCACGUGAAGUUUAAGACUUGGCUGCCGUCCACUCACCCAUAUAUAUAAACGCAUAUAUAUAUAUAUAUAUAUAUUAUAUACAAACGCAAGCCGCUUCUACUAACUGAAGAGAAGAGAGGAAAGGAAAAGCGGGAAGAACGUAGAACUCAGAAAGUAAACGAAAAGAAGAAAGCCAUGGCCGAGCCAAGGACGCCCGAGAAGCUGCUGACCGCCAAGCCGCCGGUGUUCCACCACAACAGCCAUAGCCCCAAUGCCUCGCUGCAGCUGCCCAGUCCCAUUAUAACAAGGCGCACUCGCACGGCCUCGACUUCCGCUCGGGCCUUGGAAAAUCCGGUUGUGACCGGCAUUGUGAAAUCCUUCAGCCGCACCAAAGGACACGGCUUCAUUACACCCCAUGCCGGCGGAGAGGACGUUUUCUGCCACGUUUCUGACAUCGAAGGUGAAUAUGUGCCCAUGCCCGGGGACGAGGUCAAAUACCGACUGUGCGCCAUUCCGCCCAAGUAUGAAAAGCACCAGGCGGUGCACGUGCAGAUUAGCAACCUGACGCCUGAGGUGCACCACAAGUGGGAGGAGCCAUUCUUUGGCGGCUCCUCUCCUGCCAAGUAAAACCAUGGGGAGCAAGUCCAGGAUACGGAGUGCGGGAGCGGAAAAAUGAGCAGUUAAAAGCUAAAUGGCCUUCCAAGAAAUUUAAUUGAGCUAGAGCACGCCACCCGAGAUGAGCGAAAUGGAAACCCGAACAGAACAAUAACCAUGAAAGUAAAUGAAAGCAUAGCAAACGAAGCAGCCAGGAAAAACAGCCGAAACCGAAACCAUACCGGAACGUAAUAGAAUAGAGAACAACAGGCCUGCCAUCCAUCCAGCGAGCAGCAGCAUCUCCAGAGUUUCAAUUGAACACUUAAUUAGAAUUUAAGCUAAGCUAUGAAAGUCAAACAAAACAGUCACAAACAUUGCCUUUUCCUCUGGAAGAGCGAAGAGCAAUCGAAACCAGUUUCGAGUAUAUUAUUAUUAUUGAAAAACGUAUGUAUUUGGAAAUUGAAAUUGUUAUUCGAAAAGCCAGUGGCGCUGCGACCCCGUUGCGGUGGAGCCUGUAUCAGUAAUUACUUUUAAUUAUAACGAAACAUCUGAAUGUGUUCGCCAAGCAAACAAGUAAAAUGCUCUCAGUAAUUCAAUUUAUUAUUAAAACAAAAGCUGCAAAACAA